CUCUCACAUUUAGACAUGCACCUGAAGCCAAAGAGGCUAGCUACUAACAUACUGAGGCACUGUGUCAAAAAGAUUGCGCGUCUGUUCUUGCUCACUCUCUAUUUCUCACUGUCUCUAUCUCUCUCUCCCCCUCUCUCUAUCUUUCUGUUUCUCUCUCUCACUUUCCAGUUAUUACUUGUUUCUUCUUGCCCUGGUUGGUUCAUGUCAACGGCAGAUAUUUAAUUUGGCUUUGGAUUAUUCUGACACAUCGGCAACCCAGGAUUCAGAUGUCAGUAGAGUAUGGUUGUAUGGUAUCCUUCUAAACCUCCCAGUCAUUCCACACACCACCAUGAAUGAGUCAGUAGAAUCCCCAUCAUCAUCACAACCUGUGGACCAGGAACAGUCAUUCCCCUGCCCUGCUGCCACAGCUCCUCGCAAACCAGUCCAGCUCCAGGAGAGACGGGGCUCCAAUGUGUCCCUGGUGCUGGACGUGAGCAGUCUCAGCCUGGGUGCGGUGGAGCCCUUGUGCUCCAUCUCCACCCCCAGAGAGACCCUCCUCCACCUGCUGAGGACCUCAACAUGCCCUCUGACCCCCUCUCAGCUGCAGGAGGCAUCUGACGAGACCAGCAGGCUGAACUCAGAGUACCAGCCUGUCCAUUCUUUCCAACAGAAGAUUCCUCCAAACUUCGUCAACCCUGCAGAGCUGGACAUUCCAGGACGCGCUUUAAAAGACAGAUACAAGACCAUACUGCCAAAUCCCGAGACCCGUGUGUGUCUGAGGAACCCUGCAGCAGAGGAAGGGGGUGAUACUGAGAGAUACAUCAAUGCAAACUACAUAAAGGGUUACAACGGUGCACCCAGUGCCUACAUCGCCACCCAGGGCCCCAUGCUCAACACCGUGCAUGACUUCUGGGAGAUGGUGUGGCAGGAGGGAUCCACCACCAUUGUCAUGAUCACCAAGCUAAAGGAGAAGAACGAGAAGUGCGAGCUUUACUGGCCAGAGAAGGACGGCAGCUAUGGCAGAUUUGAGGUCAGAGUGUCCAUUGUGAAAGAAUGUGAUGGCUACACCAUUCGAGAUAUGAUUAUACAGGUGGGCUCAGAGAACAGGCAGGUGAGACACUACUGGUACUCCACAUGGCCAGACCACCAGACCCCAGACUGCACUGGGCCCCUGCUCAGACUGGUGGUGGAUGUGGAUGAACACAGGCAGUCCAUACCCAGCCCAGGACCCACCAUCGUCCACUGCAGUGCAGGGAUUGGGAGAACAGGUUGUUUCAUCGCCAGCAGCAUUGGAUGCCUACAGCUGCAACACACUAGUAAGGCUGACGUGCUUGGGAUCGUCUGUAAGCUACGCCUCGACAGGGGUGGUAUGAUCCAGACCAGUGAGCAGUACCAGUUCCUGUACCUCACCCUGGCUCAAUACAGUAGGCAGCUGGGGAACACAGACAGUGGCUCAGAGAGCCCUGUCCCUAUCCAGACCAUUAGAACUACGGGGACAUGCGGUGACAGAGAAAGCCCAGCUAAAACUUGAUAUUUCCGCAUGGGGGAAUAAGCUCCUGGAACUCUGCUCACACACUGUGGCCAUCUCAUCCUCUUGACUGUGACAUUGAUUGUGGCAUUUUGAUGGGCAUGUGAUGUGGUACUCACCACACCAUGCAGUUUGAAUUUUAUUGAAAGUCAUUAGUAUUAAUAUUGUCCAUAUUUGCUACCAUGAUAAUAAAAACAAGUAUUAUGCAUAAUG